AUGGCGGAAAGCGGACAGAAUGUUGACAAACAGAGCGAGGGAAGUUCCGUGAGUGAUACGAUUAAUAAACAGGGCUGGCUUUCGAAAAGAAGUCGUCUUUCCAAACACUGGGAUAAACGAUGGUGCUGUCUCAAGAAAAAUGAGUUAUCUUAUGGUCUUUCAGCUGAGGUGAGGUGACAAAAAAAAUAAUGGCUUGCUCUGAUUUUCCAUCAGCCAGCUCAUGUGAUGAAGUUUGUCAAUAAGUUUGUUACUUGUCAAAUGCGAAUUAUAGUUGGUGUUAUGAACUGAGUGAAUGAGUUUUAUGAGUGAAGGGACCGGCUAGAGAUACAAAAGCUGGCACUUCUAGCUUUUGCCAUUAGUUUGUAGUCCAAGUAAUCCAAAGCGAUUUUUCCCGGAUAUAUUUGAUCUCAGGUGAUGAGGCUAAGCACGUUUGACGUGUCAGAGCAAGUGUCGCUUAAGUGUUCGAAUCAAAACUGGCUGAGCACCUUAAAUGGGUCUGGGGUUUAUGUAAAGAAGUACAUUAACCUGUGCUUUACAUCAACUGGACCUCUACACUCUGCAUAUUCAUUAACAUAAAGCUUUCUCUAGUUUUAUAGUUUAACGUGAUACAAUGUAGCCUAGACUUUGAGAAAAGUCCUUUGUCCCGUUUAAUAUGUCGUGGGACAAAGGACUUCACAUACUUGAUUGGCAUGAGUUUUAGCGACCCAAAAACAGGUCGCUGCACUUCAACCAAUCAAAGUACAUGGAUUCAAUUACAAAAGUGAUAAAUGAUGCUCUUAAGACCAAGGGAUCUUCUCAGAGGAAAACAAUUGAACUGGGAAAAAUGUGACUUUUGAGAUGGCUCCAUAAGCUUUUUCAGUGUCCGAGAAACACAGAACUGGUGAGAUACAGUCGUACUUCUGCUUUACAGAAACUCAUAAAAAGCUUGGUCCACUUGUUUAGAAACUUGUGAGGUCAACUUUUAAAACUUUCAAAUAAAUUCAUAAAUAUAUCAUGGUCUAACACUGACAGAAAGAUACUGGUAUUUUAUGUGCAGGGUUUACUAUUCUGCUGCCAUAGUUCACAUAGAUCGAGGCAGCACAGUUUACUUUUUAAUGUAUGGGUUCCUUCUGUAGGUACUGAGGCACAGAUUACGUUCAACAAAAGAAACAAAUGAAUAUUAUUUUUUUCUUCAUAGAACAGCUAUACACCACGUACUAAAAACUUUAAGUAAGAAAACCCUUAACUUGUUUUUUGUUUAUUCUGUUAACAGGAGCAAUCAAAAGUAGUAAUGUUAGAGGGAUGUGAAUUAUCUGACUGCAACAUAGACAAAAAACAGUUUGCCUUCAGGAUAAAGCCAAGAGGAGCUAAAAGAGUUUACUUCUUCUCAGCUGAGAGUGAACAAGACCAACAGGAAUGGAUGCAAGCAAUAUGCUUUGCAAAAGCAUCAGGGCACAUGGGGGAUGGAUCUACAGCUUGUUCAGUGCAAUAACAAGAGUUUGUUAAGUUAUGGAACAAGUCUUCUGGACAUGAAGAAGCUUGAAGAGGGAUAGAAAUUUUAUGCACUACGCAUGCUACGCAUUUUACAGAAAUAAUCAGCUGGGUGUAUUUUUCCAAGCUGCUGAUAUUAUUUAUAAGCUAUAAGCUAUGUACGUAGCUUUCUUUUACACUAGACAUAUCAUCUAGGGAAGAGACUGAGCCUUUUAAAAUGGCAGGAUUAUUCAACAAGUUUGUGGACAUUUGAGAAUAAAAGAGGGAAAAAAAAACAUUAUUGAAAGGCAAGAAACACUACAAUACAGGGUCACCUAGCCUGGGUUUGUACCUACUCCUUGAAAUCCCUUUCAUUGGAUCCUCCUUCUGAAAUUUGAUAUUGCUUUGCAUGAAUGUCCAUAGUGUGUUUUAGGGGACCUCUAUGGAUGGGC